GCUUAAUAGAUUCCGGUCGAUAAAAAUUCGUACAUUUAAAAACUCAAUAUAGUUGCUUUCCAAUAAGAGACACAAAAUUGUUUCAUUGACUAAAUGUCAUCUAAAGACGAUCAAGAUAAUAUAUAGCCAAUGAUAAUCCAUAAUUUGAUACAAGCGUAAUUAUAUUCCUUGUAAAUACUUUUUUAAAUUGUGAUCGCUGCACAUGCGCAAACAACCUAUUUUGUUGAGCAAUACUGGAUGUCAAACAUUUAGAACACGUGGGAAGUCUAUUGAAAACCGCUAUAAAUGUUUGACGAAUGAAUGGUUGAAUAUAACCUCAAAUUUUUUGGAUGUAUCGUCUGUAUAUGAAAUCGAGUGAGAUUUCUGAUAUAAGACGAGUUUUGUUUUAAUUUGAAAUACAAUCGAUAUGGCAGAGAUAGUCGACUCCGUGAAGCAGCUGAGCGUCGAAAACGAUGCAAAACCGUGCAAAAACGAUCAAAAGAUUAGGACACACAGCAAGUUGCAUUUGUGGAAAAGAGAAAAGGCAUCGGAUGAGUCUGGCGAUUACACCAUCUCUGUCUGUGGAACUCAAAGUGAUCAGGACUUCUACAUUGCAACAUCAUCGGGGCGUUUUUGCACAAUAUUCCAAUUGGGCCAAUCGUUAGGCAAUAAACUUGUAUUACCUCAUCAUCAAGCGUCUAUUGUAGGAAUCAAGUUUAAUUCUACCUCCAAUAAUAUAUUAUAUACUGCUACUAAUGAUGGAGGAAUCAAAAUAUUUGAUUUGCGUGACAUUGGUGACAACAAAGCACAACUUAUAAUGGAAUUGGACGAUAACUAUAACACAGAAGAUGGCAAAGCAAGAUCAUUAGUUAGCUUCGAUGUUAGCUCUGAUGAUAAGUUCUUAGCUGCUGGAACUGAACAAACAGAUGGAGAUGCAUUUAUUAUAUUUUGGGAUAUAAGGUACAAUAAGAAGAAAAUGAGUAAAAAACAGAAGAGCCAUCCUAUCGGUGGAUACUGGGAGUCACAUACAGACGAUAUCACUUGCCUAGCUUUCCACUCGGUUAAGCCCAAUGUUUUGGCAUCAGGCAGUACAGAUGGUCUAGUAAAUGUAUUUGACCUCGCACAACCGUCGGAAGAUACAGCCUUAACAUACACCUUGAACACUGAGUCAUCAGUGGACAGGCUAGGUUGGUUAAACGAUGAUUCUCUGUGGUGUACGACACAUACGCACGCGCUGCAGUUGUGGAACUGUGAAGGUGCAAGCGCUUACGCGACAUUCGAACGCAGUCGGUUGGCUGUAUUACCAAAUGACGAUCCCGAGAAUUGCUACUUAGUAAAGUACCAUAACACAAAUGCAUUUGGACAACCUUUUCUACUAGCAGGAUACACUACAAAUAAUAGCGAGAAUUUAAGGUGUUUGGACAUCACAAGCGACCGUUUGGAAAUAUGCGAUGAAAUCAUAAAUAACAACCAAAUAGUACGAGACAGUUGGGUGCAUGAAAAGAGUGCUACUCUGGCGACAGUCGGCGAGAAUGGUAUUAUAGAUUUGUGGCGACCGGAACAUCUUGAUGAACAUUGUAAGGCGCAAUCUGGUAAGAUUAAUACUGCGAAAAAUCGACAACACAGGACUAAACCAUAUUGAAUAGAAUUGUUGAGAAAAUCGACAAUUAUAAAUGCAUUUUUGUAAAUAAACAUAAUAAAAUUGAAGAGAUACGCCGUUUGAA